AAAAGCAACCUCGUUAGUGUGUGCGAGUGUCUACAACAGGGAACACGUCCCAUUUUUCAGUUUUGAGUAAAAAAUUCGGUGUAGGAAAGCUAUUUUAUAUCAUCGACUGGAUAAAUUUUCGUGGGCUACAAUAACUGACCGCAUCCUAACAGAAACAUCAUGAGGUGGUGGACACUAGCGGCGCUGCUCGUCGUGUGCGUCGCGGCGCAGGAUACCGCAAACUUCAAUCACUACCCGUGCUACGAUGUGCCGGUUGAGAAUAGGAUGCCCAACACCCUCGACAACCUCGUCGCCCUGCUGGAGAAAUACGAGCGAACCACUUCUUACACCAACAUCGACACUCUGGCCGAGAUGAUCAUCAAAAGAUAUCGCACGAACGGCAUGGUCUACCGACCCAAGUCUGGUAUGAUCGAGGCCUGGGUGCUUGGGGAGGUGGAUAAGGAGACCGAAAAGGAAAAAAUUACUGAAAAAAUCACUCGGCCUACUGAAGAUUUUCCCCCCGGAACUUUUGACGGCAGAGAAGAGUGUGGUCUACACAUGCUCAUGUCGCACAGCACGGACACGUAUCCGUUCGACCACGCAGAUGACGUUUGGGACGGCACAAUAAGCCGCAAAAACCGCGGCGAUAAGAGCAGCGGAUCUUCUUCUUCCUCAUACAACACUAAGACGUUGGGAAGAGUUCGAAGAGACGACCCGCCUAAGAACACCCGAGGGCUCGAUCAGUUCGAGCCAGCGGUGCACGCCACUGAGUUGGGCGUCAUGGAGACACCGUACGGUCCGGUGGCGGCAGGGACUCUCAUCGCUGGUCUGGCGACUAUUGGGACAAACCCGUCCGCGUCCGUGUCAACGGUUCUGCAAUCGGAUGCGGAAAACCUGCCCCCAGGGAUGGAAAGCAAGAGCAUCAAGGGCAUUUACGCCUCGACUUUGUCCGGUGAUCUCGCACAGGUGGCUCUGAUGUCGACGAGGUCAGAAACCAAUAAUGCUGUGUACGUUGGUCCCCCGGGUCGCUACUACACCAGCACCACGUGUUCUAAAUUCUACUCCCUAGAAACUAACAAAUAUUCUCUACUCUCACGCGCCGAACUCUUCGCUGGCAUUGAUGCGUUGCUGUUCAAGUACGCAUACGACAAGAGCAGCUCAUCCUUCAGUAACAUGAAGCUGUCGCAGUUACUUCGUCUUUACUACAGCGAAAAAGGGCUGCCCAACAUGCCUGAAUUUAAGGCGUGUAACCGACUUAGUCUUUACUCACUGCUGGACAGGACUGAAAUUCAAGACCAGGCUCUGAACUUCAUGUACGCUUACCAAAGCGUGUUUCCUACCAUCAAGGAUAAGGUGGAAAUGGCCGAGACUUUAUCGGAGAUUGAAACAGAUUUCAAGCAGUUAUUGAGUCCUGCUUUCAAGGGAAUGGAGGAUUUUAUAAAGAGCUACAGAUACGACGACGAAGGCUACAACCAAUGCUUGUACGGCUCCUCGACCACAAGCGGCGGCUUCGGCAGCUCAGUGCUGAGUAACGACUUGCCAGCCAGCGAGGGAAUGGCGGACCUCAUCGCCGUCUACUCCGGCCAGGGUGGAAACGAUGACGCAAGGAACCAGCGACAAAUGAUCGCGGACGUGGCGAGACGCUUGGGUGUUAGUUACAGUCGCUCCAGGCUGGGCGUGGUGAGAGGUCAGGACGGUCAGUGGCUCCUCGAACUCACCAACCUUACCAACGUCGGGGACUGGGCAUGCAACUUCACCUCCGACACAACGCUCUCGGUCGGCGGCACGGACAGCAUCAGCAAGGUGUUGUCUUCUCUCACGAAGUUCUACACGCAGCAGUACGACAAAGCCAAAUCCGACUUGGAAACUUCGAGUGGCCGAAGUCAGGUGAUCUUGUGGCAGGUGUACGGCUCCCAGCCUGGAGACGUCAAGAACGAAACUGUGGAGUUCAGGAAAAAGUUUCCAGAUGUGAGGAUCAUCUUUGUGGGUCGUAACCAAGCCCCUUACCAGGACCUCCUUCGUUUCGAAGACGACUUCAUUUUAGACAACGGCAAGUCUGUGCCCGAUUUGGUAAACCUGGGAUUGAACGCCGUAGUGACUAGUCCAAGAUUCUUCAUCUAUCCUGCCUGCGACCCCAACAACAGCAGCAACACCUACAAUUACCAGGAGUCGAAUCAUAACUACAAGGGGGCAGUCACGCCUAACUUCACAACCUACAUCAUCAUCCCGGCGCAGAACUUUCACUACUCCGAAGAAUUCGAAUUGAAGGUGACUGGCGGCGUUCGUACUUGCUUUAGCCGUACUAAUCAUUACGCUCUUGAGAACAAGAAAGCUGACACCGUUGAGCCAUACCUCAAAAUUAAGCCAAAUGACGAUACUUUGAUUUGUGUUGGAGGCCCCAAUGACGAAGAAGAAGAUACUGCUACCUUCAAGUGGCCUUGUGACCGCAACGUGACCGAGUGCAACCCUGUCUUCAUGUCCAUCACCGGCCUCAGCACCAGCUCCUCCACGGGCAGCUGCGUGUCCACAGGGAGCGACAGCACUCUGUGCGAGUACCCCCACCAGAUCAAGUACGAGCUGACCCACAAGGGCAUGAUUUGCGGUGCGUCAUCCGCGGCUCCAGCUCUUCUGCUGCUCGUGCUCGCCAUUGUACAGCACUACUUCCGCUAAAACUUCAGUAAAUUACGAAACACUCGCACAAAUUUAUUACAAAUUCCAUUCCUACCUGUACCAUGAUACCAAAAAAUUAUGCCCAGAGCAGCUUUCAUUAAUUUCUUUCUAUUUCUUGUACUAACUGACUGAAGAAGUUUAUGUUUACAAAUUCAAUUGAUAAACAUUUCUUGCUAAGUCUAAUUUGACAACACUUAUGCUCAUAUUUAAAGCUUCAUUACUGCACCAAACUUCAUGUUUUUGUUGCAAAGUUUUUUCUGUUUAUUUACUCAUCUUUCGUGAGUUACACCCUCACUUUAUCUGCUUUCCAAAGCCAAGAGGAAGUUUGCGCUCUCUAUUCUUAACAAACGUUGUUGCUCAAUAGUUUUUCGUGAUUUUCAUUUACGAUGAAAUGUGAUCCAGGGCUAAUUAUAACUACAACUGUUGGACAUAGACAGCGGCGGCGAAAAAUUCGAAAAAAUGGAUAUUGAUUGUUGAAUAAUUAAUGUGUGGGGAACUUCUACAAUUAAAUUUUAUGAUUUACUGACAGGUAGAAAUAACUGCGACGUUUAGUGCAUGGUACUAUUUCUUAUUGCGCUUAUUUCAUUGAAAUAUUUUCUAACCCGCUUGUGGUUCAAAACAAAAUAGAUUAACUAGUAAAAGUAGAUUUUAUAUAACUUAAGUUAAGAACAUUAAGUAAAAUCAUAUGGAUUGCAUUAUUUAGAGCAAAUGAAAUUUGACUAUUGUAAGAGAAUUGUAUGGAUAUACAAUUAAUUUAAUUGGUGUUGUUUCGAUUAUUUUUUAUACUGAUUAUCAAUGAGAGACAUUCAGAGUUAAAGUUGCAUAUAACAUAUUUGAACUGAUUAUUGAACAGGAGUGAAGUAGGAAACUAAAACAAAUGUUCAACUUGAUUUUAUAGAAUAAAUGAUAGAGAUUUG